AUGGCGGCGACCGCGGGCGGGGAGCCGGACGAACCGAACCCUGAGGAGUUCGUGUACGGCGAGGAGGACUUCGUGCUGCAGGCAGCCGGCUGGGGCGGCCCGGACUCCGCGCCCUCCCGGUUCGACCGGGUGCUGCUGGCGGGCUGGAACGACCGUAUGGAGCGGGGACUGUUCCGGUACCGGCUGGGACCGCUGCCCACCCGCGUCCUGCCCGGCGCCGUGCGCCUCGUGGCGCAGCUGAACGAGCAGCGCAGCGCGGAGCGCCGCCCGCCGCAGCCCGUCCGCAGCCUCCGCGACCCCUUCGACCCCGCCGCCUUCAACUUCACCCGGCUGCGCCCCGCCGAGCUGCUGUUCCGCCUGCGCCGCGCCGGGGGCCCGGGGCCACCACCGGAGCCGCUGCUGGUGGCCAUCAACGCCAGCCCGCUGGAGCGGGGACACGUGCUGCUGCUGCCGGAGCCGGCGCGGCGGCUGCCGCAGGCGCUGACGGCCCCGGCGCUGCGCGGGGCGCUGGAGGCGGCGCUGCUCAGCUCCCACCCCGGCUUUCGCGUGGGCUUCAACGGGCUGGGCGGCGGCGCCUCGGUGAACCACCUGCACCUGCACGGGCUCUACCUGGACCGCCCGCUGCCGCUGGAGGAGGCGCCGGCCGAGCCGCUGGGGCCGCGCCUGGCGCUGCUCCGCGCCGGACCGGCCCCUGCCUUCCUCUUCUUCGCCCCCGACCCCGCGGCGUUGGAGCCGGUGUCGCGGGCCGUGUGCCGGGCGGCGGAGCACCUCGGCGGCGCCGGGCUGGCCUGCAACGUGCUGGCCACACGGGGCGACCCGCCGGCGGGGCCCGGGGCCGGGGGUGGCCGCGGGCUGCGGGUGCUGCUCUGGGCGCGCCGGCCCCUCUUCGGCCCCAAGGCAGGGGAGCCCUUCGCCGUGGCGUUGUGCGAACUGGCGGGACUGCUGCCGCUGCCCACCGAGCCGCUCUACCGGAACAUCACCGAAGAGCAGGCCCUGAGCGCCAUCCGCCAGCACCUGCUGCCCGAGCCCGAACUGCUGCACCUGGGCGGGGAGCUGGCGCGGCUGCUGGAGCGCUGAGCCGUGGUGGCACGGACAGCGGCCGGAGCCGUGGUGGCACGGACAACGGCCGGAGAGCGAAGCCGGUGCACGGGUGGCGGCCGGGCCGCUGCAGGGCUAAGCGCACCGUGAGCGGCAGGGGGCGCUGCGGGUGGAGGACACGGAAGUGACUGUCACGUGACCGCGCGAGGCCGCUCUGGCCACGGUGCCCGGCUCUGUGGUGCGGUCGCCAUGGGAACGCGGCGGAGCCGGGAGCGGUGCGAUGGCGGCGGCGGGCGGUGGCGGCCGGGGCAGCGUGGGCCUGGGCCCGUCCCCGGAAACCCCUCCGAGCGAGGAGGCGCCCAUCGCCGCGGCCCCCGCGGACCGCCCCGCUGCUCCCGCCGGACCCGAGCCGCGGAGGAAGCGCAGGCGAGUGCGGGGCCGCAGCCCCGGCAGGGUCCGGCCGGAGCCCGUCCGGCCACUCCCGGCGGCGCCUCCCGCUGCCUCACUGGCGCUCGGUCCCGGCCCCAGCCCAGCCGUGGGACAGUGCCCAGGCGGUGCCCGGCGCUCCCUAGCCCCCGGGAGGCAGUGUGGGGUCCCGCUGACCCAAAAUAAAUAGUGUUCCCUGGCAGUG